CCCCGCGGCGCCGCCGUCUCCCAGAGGCUGCGUUGAGCAUCAUGGCGGCGUCUCUCUCAAUGUCAGCGGCGCUGAGGGGCCUCGUCGCCAGGAGCGGUGCGGCCGCGGUCCGCCCGCCGCCGCCCAGGUCACUGAGCACUUCCACAUGGCGGCUGGCGCAGCACCAAACUCGAGACACGCAACUCAUCACAGUUGAUGAAAAAUUGGAUAUCACUACUUUAACUGGUGUUCCAGAUGAGCACAUCAAAACCAGAAAAGUUCACAUUUUUGUUCCAGCACGUAAUGCAAUGCAGUCAGGAGCUAACAAUACAAAGAAGUGGAAGAUGGAAUUUGAUAACAGGGAGCGCUGGGAGAACCCUUUAAUGGGCUGGGCAUCUACAGCUGAUCCUUUAUCCAACAUGGUUCUUACUUUCUCUACUAAAGAAGAUGCCAUUGCUUUUGCUGAAAAAAAUGGCUGGAGUUACGAUGUUGAAGAAAAGAAGAUGCCAAAACCUAAAUCCAAGUCUUAUGGUGCAAAUUUUUCUUGGAACAAAAGAACAAGAGUGUCUACUAAAUAGGUUGGCAUUGGCUAUGUGACUGUGAAUAAAGUCAGCUGUGCUGUAUUUUUAGUCCAUGUAUAAUACAUCUCUUAAUCUCCUAAUAAAUUUGACCUUUAAAAUACAGAUGCAUCUUGUGAUGUCUAUUUAAAAUGGUUUUCAUGUCUCCAAUUGAACCUGUUACAAACUUCCCUAUAAAUAGAGGAGAUUUGAAGUGUUCAUACUUCUAAAAACUUGCUGUACUAGGAAUUUAUCAAAAGGAAUGUUUGAAAUCAGCUGCAACUUUAGAGGUUAUGAUUGAUCUUUGAUGGUAAUUUUGUAUCUACUAUCCUGUCUAAACUUCUGAAGUUUAGUAAGUUCAGUAAGCUUUGCAUAUACAAAUUCUUUCAAUAAAAGCUGAUUUUUUUUCUUUCUGUAAAAGAUAAUGUUGGCAGUUGAAGAGCAAAGCAUGGCUAUAACUCAAGACUGUUCUGUAUAAAUGUAUAUUAUAUAACUGCUUUCUGCUGAAAUUAAUAUUGUCAUUAUUCCAGAAGGAUUCAUGGCUGGAUUGGAGAGCACUGGGUUUUGUUUUGGUUGUGGAGCAGGUUUAGUCCAAAAGAUUAAGAUUGUAGUUGUUUUUCUGUGAUGUUCUUGAAAAGUGAAACUAAGCCAAUUAAACAUUCACAAAUUAAGUCAGAAUACCUGCCUCACACAAUAUCAGCAUAUACUAAUUACAUAAUUACAGUUCUGGGUCUUUUAUUACUGGUUACAUGUACUGAAUUGAGGUUUCCUGUUGCUUAACAGAAGAUGUGGUGAUAGUAUCUCAGCCUUAACAGCAAGUAUAUAUUCUAAGCUCAGUUUGUCUUAAAUUAUAUUAAAUUAUUCAUUUUGAAAAUGCAUAAUGUUAUAUUUGAAAUCUUUGUUUAUAUGUCUUUGGCUAUUGCUUUAUUUCCUUUAACUUAACAAGUUAUGGUAUUGACACAUGAUCAAUAAAAUAUAUUACAAAUCA